AUGGAGAACGCAGAGAGCGGACUCAAAAGCCCACCACGGUUGAAUCCCGACGCGGUGGCCGCGUUCAUGAACAAUCUCAUCUACACUUUCUUGUCAGAAAUGGGUGUGAUCAACAAACUUCAGGCCGGGGAGAAAGUUUUGGUCGUCGCCUAUUCGCACAGUUUUAAGGGGUUUGCUACUCCGAAAAAACUUCAAGCGAACAAAGACAUCGUAUGUGCAAUUUUAUACGGAGCAAUCCCCGGUGUCUACGGAAGCGAUAUCAUAAGCGGCGACCUUGCCAGGAGUGUAGCGGCAGCUGCGGUGAAUGCCUGGAUAGAUGAGUUUGGGGAAAAGGACUCGGCUUCUCCCCCAGUUUUGUCCCAAGGGCUCAUGCAACAGCUCAAGCUCGCGUUUUCCGAGACACAAUACCACGGCAAUGCGCACGAAGAGUUUGCAGACUACCUCUGGCGCUGCUGGAAGGUUUAUGACUCUGAUAUGUUCAGGGCCCUGUACGUGACGGUCGUUCAGAGCUCGGGCUUCGGGAAGAGUCGGAUGCUGUUCGAGUUGGCGCUCAAGGCAAAGGAUCAGGGCUCUCAGAUAAAAGUCCUGUAUACGUGCGCUCGCUUACACGGAUCGACGGGGUAUCCAGAGGCAACCAAAAAUCUCCGCUACUGGCUAAUCCCAGAGUCUUCUUCUGUCGAGCAGAUUGCUUCUCGUUUGGAAGCCAUCUACAACUAUGCGAUAAAGAAUUGGGAAGAAGUUCAACGUGAGUGGAUCAAGCUGUUUAACGAGAAGGAAAGUGAUGAGUCUGUUCGAAACAACCUAUUUCAGCAAGCAGAAAACGAUAAGAAGGUCAAAAAGAAGAAAAUCGAUGACUCUUUAGUAAAGAAGAAACAGGACGGCAAGAUGGUGGUGCUGGUGGUUGACGAAGCUAGAUCCCUACUUAAUGAGAAGGCGGACCCAGGCGCGUUAACAGUCAAAGUCAAUGAUUUUCGUCUAUUUCGACGAGCGCUUGCUUUGGUCAACAACAGAAUCGGAGCAGAAGGAGGCAUUUUCGCGGUGUUGGUCGAUACGAACUCCAAGAUCUCGGACUUAACUCCAUCGCUAGCAUCCGACCCGUCUUCUCGAAAUUACAAAAACAGCACUGGACUGGAGACGUUCCCUCCUUUUGUGCUGACUCACACUAUGGAUGAACACUGGCAUCAGUACUUAAAGCGCAGUGGAGGUGGACAGCUGGAAAAUCUAAGUGAGGAGGCAAAGCUUAGGAUGGAAAUACAGUCGUACAAGGCGAUUGUGACCGGGAGCGAGAACGAUGCUUGGAAUGCGUUGCUGCGCAUGGGCCGCCCAAUGUGGUGGAGCAUUUUCACCGAUCGAAAUGGAAAGCCACAAGCUUCUUCUGGUGAUCUAGUCACCCUAGCAGCAAAUAAGCUGCUACUGGGAAACGAUUUUAAGCAAGAAGCCUCAUACAACGAGAAGACCAUGUUUGGUGUUGCGGCGAUGCUCUGUCGACUGGGUGUACGUCCAUACUCAACGUCGACGUUGGCGUCGCAGGUUGUCGCGGACUUCAUGGCUGUCCUCGCCUACGUGACAUUCGAGAGAGAGGGCUACUUGAGUAGCUACGCGUCGGAUCCGGUGCUUGCGCUGGGUGCGGUUAAAGUGUGGUAUGCCCUGAAGGAAGGCUUGUCGACGUAUAUCCUUCCGCAGCUGAAUAAGUUGAUCCUGGACGAAGCACUGGAGACAGGUGGGAUUUGUGAAAUGGUCGCUCGCAUUUUGCUCCUUCUCGCGAUGGACCAGUGUGUGAUGGGGGAUCGAAGCAAGCCAAAAGGCCAAUUUGUGUCGGUGGAGUCGUUUUUGAACGUGAUGGGGUGCGAUAAAAUCGAAAUCUAUCGCAAGGGAAUGUUCUUUGGAGAAAAAGAAAAGUUUAACACGUGGAAGUCAGGUUGGAAGUACUGGCGCGUGGGGUUCACUCACUUCAUACAGUUGCAAGCUGAACCGAAUGAAGAUACGCUGUGGUAUUUACUUGGGCGUCGGGCUGCGGGUACUUUCCCGCGCAACCAGCUUGAAGCAGAUCUGAUGAUCCCAGUAUUUUGGAACAAAGAUGGCGAGAAGGAGCGAGUGUCAUUCAUGCUCAUUCAGGUGAAAAGCCAUAUACCAAAAGACGAUGGUUUCUCCCAAGCAGCAUCGAAGAAGCUGUCUCAUUGGUUCGUGUUUGAAAGUCCGUAUCCGAAAGGCAAGAAACCUAAUGAGGAUUUGGCUGCAGAUCCAGCGCAGAAGAAAGGCACGGUGAAUGAAAACCCCUUGAUCAAGACGCCAGUUGAAAAUGUUCUUCGCAUUUACAUGAAUUUGCGCGAAAAAGUACCUUUCGAUGGAAAGUCGCGGAACAAUUCCUGGCGGUUCAUCUAUACCACGUCGUUGAAUGAGGACAACAGCCCUCCUGGACUCCAGACUGGAGCGCAAGCAAAAGAUACGAACGUUUACACGCUUUGUUUUCGCUCGCUGUGUUGGGAGACGUAUCCCUUUUUAACUGAAGAUGUGGCUCAAUGUCUCGCGAGUAUUGUGGCGUCUCAAUGGGAUCCCAUGGCACUUGUAGACGGUGAUCUGGAACGUCGUGAUAAAGGCACUGAGGCCGAAACGCUACAGGAGGCUCUAACAAGAGCGAUGCCAGACCAUGAGUUAAAACAGACGGCGCGCCGUGGGCUUGCCUGCCCUCCCGGUCACAAUCUGAAAUACCAAGAUGAAAAGUCUAAAAAGAAGAAGUGUCGCUCGGGAGGUCAGAAACGGGCUGCCAAACGUGGCAAAGGAUCAGCUCGCUGCCUUCAACCGCGACGGCUUCCUCGUCGUCCCGGGAACUUCAUUCACGCCGAGUGCACGUUCCAGGGGGCAACCCGUGAUUAUUUUCUCGUCGCUUGA